CCCCAACCAUACCGCAUUGCUACGAUCCCAUGAGAACGUCGUCGUUUGCAAGCAGCAGCUCCGACAAAGCUCAUCCUAGUCGCGAAUUGGAAUCGCCGCCAGAUCUCAUCCCGCAAGGAAAUGAUCAGGCGCCGCAUCCCUACGGGAAAGAAUCGGUGGAAGUCUCACUGGAGCUUGAAGAUCACUCCGUUGUGCUCUGCAAUGUCAGUCCCGCCGAUGAACCUCCCUCGCCCGCUAUUGGCCGGAUUCUCUCCGCCGCGUCCAGUUUCCGGAGGAUGUUAUCCUGGCCGAGAUCGUCGUCGUCUUCUGCUUCUGUCGUCGAAGAUCCUGCCAUAACCGCUCGAAAUGCCCGAAGAAUGAAGGCCAAACUUGAACGGACGAGAUCGAGUGCGAGGACAGCUCUUGAGGGCCUCAGAUUUAUCAAUGAGACCGCCGGAGCCACCGACGCCAAUGAGCUAUGGAGAAAAGUAGAGGAAAGGUUCGCGUUGCUUGCUAAGAACGGCUUGCUUGCAAGAGAAGACUUUGGCGAAUGCGUGGGGAUGCAGGAUUCCAAGGAAUUCGCGGUAGGGAUAUUUGAUGCAUUGGCGAGGAGAAAGAAGCAGAAAGUGACGAAAAUAAGCAAAGAAGAGCUGUACGAGUUCUGGUUGCAGAUUACGGACCAGAGUUUUGACGCCCGUCUUCAGAUAUUCUUCGACAUGGCAGACAGCAACGAAGAUGGAAAGAUUACUAGGGAGGAGGUGCAAGAGCUCCUAAUGCUCAGUGCUUCAGCAAACAAACUAUCGAAACUAAAAGACCAAGCCGAAGGAUACGCAGCUUUAAUAAUGGAGGAGCUAGACCCAGAGAAUUUGGGUUACAUUGAGCUGUGGCAGUUAGAAAUGUUGCUCCUACAAAAAGAUAACUACAUGAAAUGUAGCAGACAACUGAACAACCCAAGUAUGAAAUGGAGUCAGAAUCUGAGCAGUUUAAGGCACAAAAAUGUGGUCCAAAGGAUAUUCAGGACACUGGUCUGUCUAGUAACAGAGCACUGGCAGAGGGGUUGGAUCUUGUUGCUGUGGUUAGCUUCCAUUGCUUUUCUUUUUACCUGGAAAUUCUAUCAGUACAGAAACAAAGCAGCUUUUCAGGUCACUGGUUACUGCUUACCCAUUGCCAAAGGUGCUGCUGAGACCCUUAAGCUCAAUAUGGCUCUCAUCCUCUUACCAGUUUGUCGUAACACUUUGACUUGGCUUCGUUCCACAAGAGCCAGAUCAUUUGUUCCCUUCGAUGACAACAUUAACUUCCACAAGAUGAUUGCGUGUGCCAUAGCUAUUGGAGUCGCCGUUCAUGCAGGCAAUCAUCUGGCCUGCGAUUUUCCCUCUCUCAUAAACUCAUCCCCAGAGAAAUUUGCUCUGAUAUCUUCAGACUUUCAUAACAAGAAGCCCACUUAUAAAACACUCUUGACCGGCGUCGAAGGUGUGACAGGAAUUUCAAUGACUGUUUUAAUGAUAAUCUCUUUUACCCUAGCAACCCACUAUUUCCGAAGAAAUGUAGUUAGGCUAUCCCCACCAUUCAACAAAUUGACAGGCUUUAAUGCAUUCUGGUAUUCACACCACCUUCUUUGUCUUGUCUAUGUCCUGCUGUUCAUCCAUGGAAGUUGCUUGUACUUAACCCACAAGUGGCAUCAGAAAUCGGCUUGGAUGUACAUCUGUGUCCCCAUGUUACUGUACACAGCCGAACGGACUCUACGAACUUGCAGAUCAAAACAUUACUCCGUUAAAAUACUAAAGCUUUCGAUGCUACCAGGAAAUGUCUUCAGUUUAAUCAUGUCUAAGCCAAAUGGAUUUACGUACAAAAGCGGACAGUACUUAUUUUUGAAGUGCCCAAGAAUCUCCCCGUUUGAGUGGCACCCGUUCUCCAUUACUUCAGCACCAGGAGACGAUUACCUGAGCGUUCACAUUCGUACAGUAGGAGACUGGACUCAAGAAUUGAAGCUAUUGUUCACUGACGAUGAUACAUUACCAUCAUCUAAUGGACAAGCCAAUUUUGGUCACCUAAAGCCAAUGGAUCACAGGGGACAGCCGAAACUGCUUGUUGAUGGCCCCUAUGGAGCUCCUGCACAAGAUUACCAGAGUUACGAUGUCCUGCUUCUCAUAGGCUUGGGUAUCGGAGCAACUCCUUUCAUAAGCAUUCUCAAGGAUCUUCUAAAUGACACAAGAAUAAUUGAAGAUCAAAUGGAGUCAAACACAGAAACUACCACAUCAGAUGAGAGCUACAAUAGCUUUACAUCGUCAAAUUUUAUGUCAGGUGGAAAUAAGAGAACACACAAGACUACAAAUGCUUAUUUCUACUGGGUUACCAGGGAAGCGGAGUCCUUUGAAUGGUUUAAAGGAGUGAUGAACGAAGUUGCAGAAUUGGAUCUGAAAGACCAAAUUGAGCUACACAACUAUCUCACGAGUGUAUAUGAAGAAGGGGAUGCAAGGUCAACCUUAAUCACAAUGGUCCAAGCUCUCAACCAUGCCAAACAUGGUGUUGACAUCCUAUCAGGCACUCAAGUAAGGACCCACUUUGCAAGGCCAAAUUGGAAAGAUGUUUUCACCAGGAUAGCCUCUAGACAUCCAUAUUCUACAGUAGGGGUAUUCUACUGCGGGACGCCGUUGUUGGCAAAGGAACUAAAGAAGCUGUCACAUGAGCUGAGCCACAAGACGACUACACGCUUUGAUUUUCAUAAGGAGUACUUCUGACAUGACAAAUUGAUAUUUAAAUUCCAGCCUCUACAAUUUUUUAUUCUUCAGGAGUCAUCAAUUUUAUAUUUCAAAAAGAAAAUUAAUAAACAUUUAGGUUAUUAGCAGGGCAGGAAGAUGUAAUUAUACUAUUUGCUAUACAUAUUCUUCACAAUACAAAAUCAAAUGAACAAGAAGAAUUAUACAUGUUUCACUACAAUGAAAAUACCAUUUUAACAUGUUUUGCAACCCGCAAAAUCUCCAGUAAUGAGUAAACAUGCUUAGUGCACACACAAUUCUGAGUGAAAAAAUAAUCUGCUUCAAGAAAACACACCAUUCAGUAUGCUUUCUAUAGGCCUUUACGGGAAUAAGAAGCAGUUUAAACCUAAUUACCAAGGCUAAUGAACUGAUUUUCUAUGCUUCUUGGACAAUCUCAGAGACUAAAAGCAAGAUAUCAUAUCCCCAGCACAAUAACCAUCCCUUCUAUUUGGUCAAAUCUGCAUUGAAUCUGGAUAUAAAAUGAAGUUAAGAAAAUUAAACAUUAGAAGAGUGGAAAAUAGUUGCUGAAUUUGGGAAUCAUGAUUCAAUUUCUUUAGGUGACCUUUUCCAUCCAUGUACUGCUUAGAGUGAACCUCUUACAAAUUAUAACUGAAGGUUCAUUAAACCGGAUCUUGGGCAGUGGUAGAGAAGUGUCUCACAUUCAAUAGAAAACUGAAAAUGUACUGGCCCAUUGCAAGUGAAAAACAUUAGAACAAUACAGCAAAUACAGUUGAGAUAUGGUACUAAAAUAUAUUGUAAAAGGAUAAGCUGAACCAAAACAACUUCCACAAUUUUAGCAAGUAAUUCUGUAAGUAAAGGCCAAUGCUGUACUCUUCUCAAAAUCCAUAAAAUGU